AUGCCCUUCGGAAACCACCACCACAAUGCGCAGAACGACCCGGCGCAGGGCAUCUUCGCAGCGGCUUCGGCGCUAGGGAGCAUAGGAGCGCCUGGAGGCAAUCUGCGAGGAGCAACCCAGGGCACCACGCGGGCCGGCACCGACGCCUUUAUGCCGCAGAGCAGCGGGAAUGCCCAAGGACAGAGCGAAGGCUACAUGGCCUCGACGGCGCCGCCAGCAGCCAACUCGAGCUUCGACGCCCCGCGACAUAGAGCCCCGACUACAGGCGGACGCACCAACGAGGAGCUGCACAUAUCGACGACGGUAGGCCAGCAUGUCCCAGUACCGUCAUCCGUACCGGCGCAGCAGCAGGCAAUGUACAACUCGCCCGACAAUUAUCGAUCGGCGCCCAACAUCAACAUCGACCAUGGAACCCCUCAGAACAGCCAGUAUGGCUCCCCGGCCGUCCCCGGUAGCCUCCAGCCCGCCGGCGGUUCAGGGCAGCAACAGCAACAGCAACAGCAACAGCCGCCGCAACAACAACAAUCACAACAGCCACAACAGCAGCAGCAACAGCAGCAGCGACCGGCACCCAACGCCGCUUACACCGCGCCCGUCGUGCCUACCCAGACCCAGAUAGCGAGCAACGCCCAGCAGUACACGCUCCCCACGCGCUCCAACACCAUCAGCCAAGCACAGCACUCUCCCCACUCAGGGUCGCAUUCCUACUCGCGCUCGAGCCCAGCUGGCCUGGGGCCCGACCAGAAAUACAUUCCCUUUUCCAACACGCCCGAGCAGUCCAAGUACGCCGCCGGCACGCCUGCGCAAAAGUACUAUCCUACCACUCCCUCCGGCGCUGCAUCGCAAUCGCCCCUGGGCCUGGCUGAUAUCAGGCCGCGCGCAAACUCGACCAUGGACCAGGAGGGCGGCAUGGGACACGGCAACACCAUGGUCACCGACGGAAACAAGGUGCCCUCUAACAGCAACUACCUUGCGCCCUGGAGCAUAUACGCCUACGACUGGUGCAAAUGGAACGUCCCCGGCGGCAACAGCGCCGGCAAGAUGGCCGUGGGCAGCUAUCUCGAAGACAACCACAACUUCAUUCGCAUUCUCGACACCCAAAUAGCCCCCCAAGACACGUCCGUCCCCGGCGCCACACCCUACGGCCUCGAAUACAAUGCCAUCGCUGAAGCCACAUGUUCUUUCCCUGUCACGAGAAUACUGUGGGAGCCGCCAUCUUCGCAGAAGCAGUCGACCGACCUCCUCGCAACGUCUGGUGAUCAUUUGCGGUUAUGGUCAUUACCUCAAGCCUCUGGCAACAACAUGAGCAACACAAUCACCCGCUCAUCCUCCGUAAACACUCGAGAGCCACAGCUCCCUAAGCUCACACCACUCGCGCUUCUCUCCAACUCAAAGACCCCUGAACACACUGCGCCCCUCACCUCGCUCGACUGGAACACCAUGUCGCCGAAGCUCAUCAUCACCUCAAGCAUAGACACGACCUGUACCAUUUGGGACAUACCCUCCCUCACCGCCAAGACACAAUUGAUUGCCCACGACAAAGAGGUCUUCGAUGUACGCUUCUGCGCAGGCAGCGUUGACGUCUUUGUCAGUUGUGGAGCCGACGGUAGUGUUCGCAUGUUCGAUCUCCGCAGUCUCGAGCACAGCACCAUCAUCUACGAGCCUUCAGACAAGGGCAAUGACAAAGACAAGGGCUCGCCAACAGGUCGCAUGUCCCCGACCAAAGCCCAACAGACCAUGUCGUAUGCGCCUCCGCUCCUCCGGCUCGCCGCAUCACCACAUGACUCCCAUCUCCUCGCUACCUUCGCCGCCGACUCAAACCUCAUCCGCAUCCUCGAUGUGCGACAACCGGGCCAGGCCCUCCUCGAACUUCGCGGCCAUUCUGCAUCUGUUAACAGCAUAGAGUGGAACCCGUCACGAAGAGGCAUGCUCGCAUCUGGCGGUGACGACUCACUGGUCCUCAUAUGGGAUCUUCUCCAUGCAAACAACGGCGCGACUAUCAGCGGAGAACAUGCUUCGGCACAGCCUCCAGUCGUCCAGCCAGCGACUACACAUUCCGCCAAUGGGGCUGCAGGUGCGCAGAAUGUACCUGUGGGUCAGAAAGGACCUUAUGCCAGCUGGAGGUGCGACUACGAAGUCGGCAAUAUUAGCUGGGCACCUCAGAGCGCAUUGACAGGGCAAGGCGGCGAGUGGGUUGGUGUCGCCGGCGGACGUGGAGUUUGGGGCGUCAAGUUAUGA